AUGCGCUGCUUCAACAACCGUGCGGGCGAGACGACACACCACAGAGAGAUGCUUGAUGGCGGCGCACGCAAAAGUGCUCUGGUUCAAGACGCAAUGGGUGCAAGACCAGACAGACAUGCUUGCCCAUCUCUCUCUCUCUCCACCCUUUCGGGGAUUCGCCUCCACCUGCUGGAUGUGUCGCUGGACCACAAAGUGGAAGUCGGUACCAUCGCGCCCACAUUCUUAGGGGAUCCGCACCAGCAGCAUCAGAUCCCGCACUUGGUACAUGAGGCGCGCGACCUGAUUGCCGACGAGAGGCCAAUGGCAGCCCUCGAACGCUUGACAGAUGCCCUGCGCAUCAUUGGAGGCGAGCGGCUUGUGAUGCAGUCUCUUCAGGAUGCUCGUGAAUCCUAUUGGCAAGAGCGGGCAGAACGCCAGGGAGUGGCCUCGGCUCGAGCUGAGCGACAAGCACACAUGGGGGAUCUCGCCAGUUUGUUUCAAGAACUGCUUCUGGCCAAUGUGCCCGCUUCACCGCAAGGCACGGCUGAACCCGUGGCCGAGCCUCUGCCCGAUUCGUACUACGAAGGUGAAGCUCAGAGUAUUCUGGCCGAGGCUGAGGACGGUCAGGACCGCUUGCGCGAGUAUGCCACGCAUACCAGCUCCGCUGUUUGCGAUGCCUGUGGCGCGGUUGUAGCCCGGCGUCGUCUCGACGCACAUCGCCAACACUGGUGCACGGACGUCAACACCAUGAUGAACAACAUGCACCUCGACCGCCUCUAA